AUGGAACGUUUUGUGGGCCAAAAAGGAACGGACGUGCUGCCCCACUUGCUAAGGUGGUCAUUCCAAACUAGUCAUCAAACCAUACUGGACACUAAAGUCAAGGAAGAUGAAGUCAAUAAGCUCAUUGAAUCUUGGCAAUCGCUUUUGAUGGUUACGAUGCUGAAUAUAGCUCUUCCUUUUUGUCGACACACCAUACUUUCAACCAUAUUGGGGUUCAAGAGACGCAAAGUAGGGCAUUUAGAUAGGAUUAACGCCUUCAUGAACGACGUACUUGAACAAAAACUAAACUCGCCAAAUGACCCAGAUUCCCCAAUUGUAAUAAACCGACUGGUUGACCAAUUUCAAAGCGGCCAAAUAGGUUACAAUCACAUAAAAGGGGAAUGUAAUAGUAUGGUAAUUGCUUCAUUAGAAACCACGGCUCUUUUAGUCACACAUACUCUUAUUCUCCUGGCCAUAUUUCCCGAGUACCAGGGCAUUGCUUUCGAGGAGCUGAAGAGUGUCUUUCCGACUUCUGGGGAAUUCGAUGUGGCCAGCGAAGACCUUUUAAAAUUAGUAUAUAUGGAUCGGAUUGUAAAUGAAACCCUCCGCCUAAUACCCCCCGUUCCGGUAGUAAUGCGAGAGGCAAAGCAUGAUCUUCGGCUCUCAAAUGGUGUCAUUGUUCCGAUUGGAGUAGCAACGACCAUAGAUAUCUUUAACAUUCACCGCAACAAGGAUGUAUGGGGCCCUAAUGCCGACACCUUCAAUCCCGAUCACUUUCUUCCCGAGAAAGUCCGUGAUCGUCAUCCUUAUGCCUUCAUACCAUUUUCGAAAGGAAAAAGAAAUUGCAUAGGAGGGAGAUAUGCCUUAAUGUCUGCAAAGAUUGCCUUGGCCAAGAUUCUCAGGAACUACAAGUUAAGCACAAGUUUUCGGUAUGAAGAUCUCGUUUUCAUCGAUAAUAUAGGAAUAAAGCUUGGUAAAUUGCCACAACUAGAUUUUCACCUAAGAUCCUAG